AUGCACCCCAAUGACGCUUUACUCCGACUUAUCCGACAUGUUGUCGUGACACCUGCGUCCGUUCUGCUCUUCUGGCCGGCGUGUUUUUGCCCAAUUGCCGAUCUGCUAAAGAGGGCAAAUGUCGCCUGUGCCACCACUUUUCGCCCAGAAACUGGCAAGAAACUGCGCAAAAUCCCACGCCUCCGCAUUAACUUCCUUUCACUCCUGAUGGUCUCGUACAUGCGGUGA